AUGAGCGCUUCACGAUUGCCGUCCACCACCACUGCUCCAGCACCAAACGGGCUACAUUUUCCAGUGAGAGAAGAAGGAAAUGAGAACGAAAAACCUCCAUACAGCUAUGUCGCUCUUAUCGCAAUGGCUAUUGAGGCUUCACCUGAGAAACGUCUCACUUUAAGUCAAAUUUACAAGUUCAUCGAUGCAAAAUUCCCCUACUAUCGAUCAGCUGAUCCAAAGCGUCGCCAAGGAUGGCAAAAUAGCAUACGCCACAAUCUUUCUUUAAAUGAUUGCUUUUUGAAAAGGAUUGGUAACAAAUAUACGCAUGUAUACUGUGACAGUAUGUCACAGUUUUGCUGCAGAAAAAUGCUUCAAGGCGAGAAUCACAAAUUUCGAGUGCAUUUCAUAUUUUUAUAUGUGAAUCAACAGGCACGCGAUGGUAUGAGCCAUGCUAAUGAUCGUAAGGGGAAUUAUUGGACGCUGGCCGCCGAUUGUACGCCAAUGUUCGAUAACGGGAACUACAAAAGAAGGAGAAUUAAGCGCACUCCGCCAUAUGCAGCACGAUUCUCGUCAGUGGUUGAGAACAAUCAACUCUCCUAUCUUAGACAAUGGCAACUUUCACGCAUGCAUGGCGCCGCAGCUCUGGAUCCUAUGCACAUGAUGUUAAUGGGAGGGAGCCUGCCAUAUCAAAUGCCAGCAGAUCUCUCGGCUGUCGGUAUGCCAUCGUUUGAUCAGUCUGGAUCAUCACUAGCAGCACAACCUCUUCCAUCGUACAAUAGCGCAUUUUUUCCGGCUAGUACAAGUGGUAUAUUGACACAGGAUGCAAAAUCAGCAAUCGAUAUCAAGCCAUCAUCACUCAACAACAGUGAGCCUGAAAUUCCGCCUCCUGAGCAGCAAUAUAUGACCGGCACAAACAAAGGGUUGGAUACGGUAGGAUAG